CCGCGGCGCCGGUCCUGCUCUCUUCGCCCCCCACCCGGGAGCUGUCGACGUGGGGCUGCGGCCGCAGGCUGUCAGGGGUCUGGGUGUGCCUGCCGAGCGGGAGGAGGGGAUGGGGGGGCUGCGGCUGCUGGCGGUGGCUCUCACCUGCUGCUGGUGGCCGCAGGGCAGCCAGGGUAAGACCCUGCGGGGCAGCUUCAGCAGCGCCGCGGCCCGAGACGCUCAGGGCCAGAGCAUCGGCCACUUCGAGUUCCACGGUGACCAUGCUCUUCUGUGUGUCAGAAUCAACAACAUAGCGGUAGCUGUCGGAAAGGAAGCUAAACUCUACCUGUUCCAAGCCCGGGAAUUGCUGAAGCUGCGGGAAGGCAGUAAUGGUUAUAGUUGUAGUGAAAAACUAUCCAAAGCUCAGUUGACAAGGUUACAUGAGUUCUUUUUCCUCCUAGUCCUAGUGUACUUUGUGAUUGCUUGCAUUUAUGCUCAAUCAUUGUGGCAGGCUAUUAAGAAAGGAGGACCCAUGCACAUGGUUUUAAAGGUUCUGACAACUGCAUUGCUGUUACAAGCUGGUUCAGCUUUCGCUAAUUACAUUCAUUUCUCCAGUUACUCCAAAGAUGGAAUAGGGGUACCUUUUAUGGGAAGUUUGGCAGAAUUUUUUGACAUCGCUUCCCAAAUUCAAAUGUUAUACUUGCUUCUGAGCCUAUGCAUGGGCUGGACAAUAGUCAGAAUGAAGAAGUCUCAGAGCAGACCCCUCCAGUGGGAUUCCACUCCUGCGUCCACUGGCAUUGCUGUAUUCAUUGUCAUUACACAGAGUAUUUUGCUGCUUUGGGAACAGUUUGAAGACACCAGUCCUCACAGCCACCAUUCACACCACAACUUAGCAGGGAUCCUUCUAAUCGUUUUAAGAAUCUGCCUAGCACUGUCAUUAGGCUGUGGACUCUACCAGAUCAUCACAGUGGAGAGAAGUACACUCAAAAGGGAGUUCUACAUCACAUUUGCCAAAGGCUGUAUCUUGUGGUUUUUAUGCCAUCCAGGUCUUGCAUGCAUUUCUUUCAUUUUUAAUGACUACCAAAGAGAAAAGGUCGUCACAAUAGGUGUUAUCCUUUGCCAGUCUGUUUCCAUGGUCAUUCUCUACAGACUCUUUCUAUCCCACAGUCUAUACUGGGAAGUUUCUUCACUUUCCUCUGUAACACUUCCACUGACCAUAUCAUCUGGACACAAAAGUCGGCCUCAUUUCUGAUACUUGAUUUUCUUUAGAGGAAAAGUGAAUUGAUUUACCAGAGUGCAAUAAGGAGCCAAAUACAGUGACUCUUUUUUCAUACUUUUGGUAUGAAAAAUUGAACAGAGAAAGCAGAGCAUGUUAUUUAUACAACUGCAUUUAAGCAGUCCCAAAACUGAAAAAAAGGUAAUAAAUGUUUUGAAAUAUACUUAAUAAACUUUGAAGAAAGAGUGUUGUUAUAAGAUGAUUUAACCAAUUUCCAUAUGGAAAUAAAGAUGAACAGAAUAAUAUGAUAUUUUCAUAAGAAAUUCACCACUUUUAAUGCUUCAUCUUAUAUCGAUAGUUAACUCAGGUUUGAUAGUCUUAUAAAAAGUGAUCAGUUAAAUGAUUACUUGCUUAAGCAUAUCUAAACUAAGUCCCAUUAUGAAAUCAGUGUAAUACACUGGUUAAAAACUGCUGCUUUUUAUGCUUUAAGGAAAAUGCAUUUCAUAUUGAAGAUGAAAGGAAUUGAAAAUUAAGUUACUUCAGAAAAUUAAUAUAAAUGCAUUCAUAUUAAAUAAAUAAGCUUUUGUUUAUUUGUGGGUGGGGUUAUUUUUCAUUUUCUUCUAUUUUGGCUCUAGUUAGGUUUAAGCUUGAUUAUCAAAGGGUUUUUGAUAGAUUAUGAAAAAGAUAGGCUGUGUCGGUUGUACAAAGGGUUUUAAAAUCUGAGCACUUAGGUGAAGGGACAAGCGGGUUUACAUAUUUAAAAAGAAAGAAAAAGUACUAUGUGAUAUGGUACUAAAAUUUUAAUCCUGAUAUAAUUCAUUUCUCUUACAUUGAAUCCCCAAUCAUAAUUAAGCUGUAUACACAGAUUAAAUUAACAGAAGCAUUUCACAUAAAUGUUGGUUUCAGUCAUCAACUACCCAUGAAUUCCUGCCCAAGGAUACUUAAUCAGGAUUAAAUUUUCUAUGAAUAAUUGAGAAACAAAAUACUCACUGGAUUUGUUAUAAUCCGUGUUGGCAUUGGAUUCUAAGUAGUUGCCAUCUUGACUCCUUUGUAAUGAAGCCAUAUUUGUGUGUAUGAUGCCCCAGUACUGAGUGUAUUAGCUAAAAAAUACUCUAUCAAGUGCCCGCUUAAAGGAUUGCGAAGUAGUCCUUAGUACUUGCUGUGUAAAAUGUCUGUUCCCAUCAGCAGUCACUGAUUGGAAAUUAUUCUGUUUCUGUUUUUCACGUCAUUCAGGCCUUUGCAUUUUUACCUCUGGCUUAUUUUAAACAUAUUUUUUAUCUACUUUCAAGGCUAUUGUGUUUUUAAGUAAGAAAUGGUGUGCUGAUCUGCUAAUUAAACUCUCUGAUUAAACAGUUAAAGUAACAGCACAACAUAAAAACA